AUGGAUCAAAAAACAAUUUCUGAAAUUCUUUCUGUCUGCAGCAAUGAAACAGUCAGACUCAAAAUCAAAAUAAUCACAAAAUUAGAAAAAUUGAGCACCAAAUAUUCGGAACCGUUCAAAUGGGACAAAUCUCAACCUGAAAAUGAAGAAGUUAUGAAAUUGCAAUAUGAAAUAAUCAAAUCCGAAGUUUUAGAAAUGAAAUCAGAUUUCGAAGAAAUGAAAAAGAUCUAUUCAAAGUUAUCAGAAAUGUUAGAAAUUUUGGAUAGAGAUGAUCAAAAAGAAGCAACCAAUAUUGAGCUUCAAAACCAAAAAGAAGCACAACAACAAGCUAUCACAGUAUCCGAAAAGAAACUCGUAUAUAUGAGAUUAAGACACAAUGAACUGUUGGAAGCUUUCACCAAAAAUUCUCUAGCAAAUGAAGAACUUGAAGCAAUUGAUAUAAAAAUCUCAAAAAUGGUCGAUAUGAGUAAACUCGAUGAUAUUUUCGCCCAAAUAAAAAUCCAAAAAGGAGAUCAAAAACCAAUAGUAAAAACUGAAAAUGAAAGAACUACUGAAAAUUCAGGUCAAAAUCCUAGUCAAAUUACCAUUAAAAACUCAACUAAUGAAAAUGAAGAAAAUAUGGAAAACCCAAAAAAUGAAGAAAACAUUGAAAACCCAAAAAAAGAAGAAAAUAAUCAAGAAAAAACUGAAAAUUCAACAAAAAAUCAAGAAAAAAUCGAAAAAAUUGAAAAAACACAAAAAGAUGAAUCAAAUAAUGGAAAUGAAAAUCCUAAACAUUUUUAUAACACUGGAAAAUUUUUGCUUAAAAAGGAUAUAAUAGAAAUUCCGCCAUUUGACGGAAAACCUGAAAAUUUCUCAACUUUCAUUGAACUAUUCGAAAAUUUAGUCGAUAAAGAUAAAGAUAUGCCAAAUGUGCUGAAAUUUGCUGCUCUAAAAAGUCUGACAACAGAUACUGCAGCAGAACAAAUCGCAAGAUAUCCAGGAGAUGGAAGCCUCUAUGAGGAAGCCUUGCAAAAACUGAAAACAAUGUUCGGAAGUGUCAACAGACAAUAUACAGCCAUCUGGGAAAACAUCAAAAAAUUGAAACCGGCCAAAAAUGAUGUUGUUUCUUGUAGAAGAGUUCUCAACGAUUUAGCAAUUUCUAUUCAGAAAUUGAAGAGACUUGGUUUUGAAACAAAUGGAUUGCCGUAUCUGGCUGAAAUCAAAAGCAAACUUCCAAGAAAUCUGUUAUCCGAGGUCGUAAAAAAGGAAAGAAGAUUACCAAAUCAAAGAUUUGGAAAUGUUUCUGAAUUGAUCGAUUUCAUAGAAGAAUUGAUAAUAACUCAAGAAGAAAUUUCAGCAGCCAGCCAAAUAUCGGAUACAGUAACCCUUGAUUCAAAUAUUUUCAAAACUCAAACAGAAGAAAAAACAAUAAAUCAAAGUUUCGCAAGGGAGCAAGGAAGGAGUAGCCGACGGGACUACGGUAACCGAGACAAUAGUCAUAAAUCAAGGAUGGAGAACUUCUAUAGAAAGAGAAGCAACACCCCGUACUAUUCAAAUAAUAAAUCAGAGCCAGAUGGCUACAAAAACAGAAGCGACAGCAGAAACAGAUAUGAGAGAAGAGAAGGAAGCAAAAGAUCAAAAAGUUGGGACAAAAGAUCAUAUGACAGAAGUAGAAGCUGGCACAGAAGUGGCAGCCGAAACAGAAGUCCAGAAAAAUACAACAGAGAGAAAAGAUGGGAAAGAGAUGGAAAAGCAAGAUUUGAUAGAAGUUAUUCGAAAGAUCGAGACUAUCGAAGAAAUUCCAAUUCGAGAAAUCGAGAAUAUUCGGGAUCGAGAGAAAGGCGUUUCUCAAGAGACCGAAAAUUUUCAAAAGAAUCAGAUAGAAACAUUGAAAAAAGAGAUGACAGAUCGAGAUCAAACAGUAGAAACAGAUAUGUGAAAUUUGAAGGAAAAGGCAAAGAAUUGAAAACUCGUCAAUUUAAAACAUCUGCAAAUGGCAACAAUUUGUUGAUUGCACAAGUGAAAAUCCAAAAAGAUCAAAUGUCGAAAGAUCAAGAAGAAGCAAACAUUCUGCUUGACACAGGUUCAGACACAACUUUCAUAAAAUCAUCACUUGCAAAGAAACUGAAAUUGAAAAUUCUGAAAAAAGGAAUCAAAUUAAAAAUCACACAUUUUGGAAACACAGAUAAAUCUCAUGUGUUGAGCAACAAGGUAGAAUUGACUAUUCUAGCUAACAACAAAUUUUUCGAGAUUCAAGCUUACACAGUUGAUCAAAUAACAGAAGAAACAAGAAAAACACAAUUAUCCAAAGACGAUAUCAAAUAUCUAGAUGAUCAACAAAUUUACAAUUUUUCAAUAAACAAAAAUCAAGAACCAGAUCUGUUAGUCGGUCUCGACUACUUAUUCGAUAUUACAAAAAAUAUUCGAACAAGAAAACUACCAUCUGGUCUAACUCUAAUAAUAUGUGCACUUGGUAAUUCGAUAUGUGGUAAAAGACAUGACGAAGAAAGUGAUGAAUUGGAAAUAUAUUUGAGUAAAACAGAGGAAGAAGAACUUGAAAAAAUGUUUUUCCUCGAAGAAACUCAUAGAGAAGAAUUGGAUUAUAAUGAUGAUGCUAUCAGAAAAGAAUUUGAAAACACUGUAAAAAUGACAGAUGAAGGAAUAUGUGUCAGAUGGCCAUGGAAACCAUUUGGCAAAGAACAACUCGGAGACAACCGAGAAGUCGCCUAUCGCAGAUUGGUGAAUAUGGUACAAUCCAAGAAAAGUGCUGAAAAAUUGAAAUCAAUGAGAAAAAUAUUAGAUGAUCAAUUAGAAAGAAGGUGUAUAGAAGAGAUAUCUUUGGAAGAGAUUGAAAAUUCUCGACAACCUGUUUAUUAUAUGCCAAUCCAAUUGGUCAGAAAUGAAAAUUCUGAAACAUCAAAAGAUCGUAUUGUUUACGAUGGUUCUAGUAAAAAGAAAGGAACAAAGUCUUUGAACGAAUGUUUGGCUCAAGGUCCAGUUUCAAUUCCUAAAGUUCAUGGAAUAAUUCUGAAAGCAAGAACAUCUAAUUUGGUAUUGACAGCAGACGUUGAGAAAGCGUUCCAUACGCUAACACUUCAUGAAGAUGAUAGAAAUACAACUUUGUUCAUGUUUUUGCGAGAUAUAAACAAACCACCAACAAAUGAAAAUAUUAUUAUCUACAGAUUCAGAAAAGUACCAUUUGGAAUAAUUUCCAGUCCAUAUUUAUUGAGCGAAUCAAUAAAAUUUUUCUCAAAGAGAUUCUGUGAAAAUGAAAAACUUGAGAAAUGCAUUGAAAACUCGCUGUACGUAGACAAUUUGUUUUGUUUCCUACAGGAAAAAUCUGAAAUUGAAUCAAUGUACCAUGAAUCAAAAAAGUUUUUCAAUGGACUCCACAUGAAUUUACGUGAAUUUGGAAUAAAUAGAGAGAAGCUCGAAGGAAUUGUGAAACCAGAAGAUUUGUCAAAAAGCAAAGAACACCAAAAAUUGUUGGGGUAUUUGUGGAACACAAAUAAGGAUACUCUUAAAGUAAAAACCAUCAAAAAUCUCAAAAACAAACAACCGUCGAAAAGAGACGCAAUUGGAGUAUUAAGUAGUGUUUAUGACCCCCUUGGAUUCUUUGACCCAUUGACAGCACAAGGAAAAUUAUUGAUACCAGAUGUCUUCAAAACAAAAGGCAAAUGGGAGACAAAAAUAAGUAUUGAAGCUCAUAAUGCAAUAAACGAAUAUUGCGAAAAGUUAUCAAAGAUGAAUAUGGAGGUACCACGAAAAUCAGUGGAAUUCAAUAAAAAUGAUAUUUAUGAAUUGAACAUUUUCUCAGAUGCAUCCGAAAAAUUAUUUGCAGCUUGUGUUUAUUUAGUCAUCACAAAUUCCAAAGGAAAAAAGACAGUACAAUUUUUGAUGGCAAAACAAAGAUUGUCCGGAACAAAGAAAACAGUUUCAAUGCCUAAAUUGGAACUAGCAGCUCUAGAAAUGGGUGCAAAAUUAGCGGAAUUGUGCAUCGAAGAACUAGAUAUAAAAAUCAAAGAAUGUAUUUUCCAUUCAGAUUCAAAAAUUGCUCUGCAUUGGCUCAAAAAACCAGAAUUAAAACAAGUUUUUGUAGAAAACAGAGUUGAAUCAAUUAGAAAGACAUCUGUCAAACUAAAUGAAUUGAAAAUCAAAAAUUCUUUCCGAUACGUCAAUACUCAUGAAAAUCCAGCUGAUCACAGCACCAGAGGAAUUCAAGAUAUUGAAAUGUUAGAAAAGAGUAAUUGGUUGACAGGGCCAGAAUGGUUGAAAUCAGACAAAAGUGAAUGGAAUGAUGAACUUAUCAUUGAAUCAAAUGAACUAUUCCAAAAAGUUAAAGUUGUAAAAGUUAACAAAAUCGAAGUCAAAGUCGAAAAAGAUUGGACUUCAUUCACAAAUAAUUGGGAAAAAAUGAAAAGAACAACAUCAAAUAUUCUAACUUUUAUAAACAAAGUUAUUCUACCAAAAGUAUCAACAGAAAACAAGAAGAAACUCCUGAAAAAUAUUCCAGAAUUACAAAUCUUUCAAAAGAAAGAGUCAACAAGAAAAAUGAAACAUGAUGCAGCCGAAAGAGCAAUCAUUCGGUACCAUCAGAAAAAAGAAGAAAUUGUUGAAAAUGGAAAAGAAGGAUUAGUGAAAAAAGAUGAUAUUGUUUACAAGAAAACAAGACUAGAAAAUGCACUAAAUGGAAAAAAUAUCCAGAUGCUAAUUGCAAUGAAAGGCAAUUCACACAUCUCAAAAGCAAUUAUUGAACAUUAUCAUGAAAAAUAUGGACAUUGUGGCGUGAAUGCAACAAUGGGACAAGUGCAAGAAAUGUUCUGGAUGACAACUCUAAGGAGAACUGUGAAAGAUAAACUGAAAAAAUGUGCAACGUGCAGAAAACUAAACAGCUUGCCAUAUGAAUAUCCACAAGCACCUCAUCUUCCAAGAGAUCGGGUUACAGAAACAAGUCGAGCUUUCGAAAAUUGCGCAACAGAUUUCUGUGGUCCUUUCUUAACAAGAAAUGACAACAACAGGAUGAAAAAAGUAUUUAUUUGUUUAUUCACAUGCUCCACUUCACGAGCAGUUCAUUUAGAAACAACUGGAAGUCUAUCCACCCAAGAAUUACUUCUGGCACUUACUAGAUUUGUAAGUCGUCGAGGAGUGCCAAAAAUAAUGAGAUCAGACAAUGGAUCGUCAUUUGUGUUAGCAGCAGAAAUAUUAAAUCACAAUGUUCCAACCAAGGAAAACUUACAAAAAUUGCAAAACGAAGCAGAAAAAAUCGGAAUCGAUUGGAGAUUCAACACAGCAGCUGCUCCUUGGCAAGGUGGAAAUUUCGAAAGAUUAGUCGCACUAGUCAAAAAAGGACUUAAUACCUGUAUUGGAAAAAAUAUAAUUGGAAGAGAAGUUUUUGAAACUACAGUUACAAGAAUCGAAAAAAUCAUUAAUGAAAGACCAAUAACAGUGGCAUCAAAUGAAACUAAUUCAAAUUCUUGGGAUCAAAUUAUCAGACCUAUCCAUUUGAUAUGCCCGAAAUGGGAAAUGAAAGAGUUGAAUAUUCAAACUGAUUCUCAAGAAUAUGACGAGUACACCAGCUGGAUAAAAAGCUGUGACUCAUAUGUAACAAAGUUUUGGAAAAUCUGGAAAAAUGACUAUAUUUUGAACAAUGAUUAUCUGAAGAAACAAAUCAAGCUAAAAGGAGCUAAAAAUCAAAUCAAAAUACCCAAAGAAGGAGAAAUAGUUCUGAUAAAAAAUGACAACCAGAAAAGGAAAGAAUGGAGAAUGGGAAUAAUAACAGAAGUGAUAGAAUCGAGAGACGGACAAAUUCGAUCCGCAAAAGUGAAAAUGAAUAAUUUAAGAGGAAAGAAAAUAAUUACUCGACCAAUAAAUUUAUUGAUACCAUUAGAAAUCAGAUGCACAGAAAAAAUCGAACAAGAAAAAGAACAAACCGAAGAGAAGAAAGAACAAAAACAGAAAAAAAGAAAAAGAACUGAGGAAAGAAAGACAAACACAAGAAAAAGUUCCAGAAACAAGAAAAAGUACACGGAUAAAUAA